UAGUUAUAGACUCCGCCCACCCAGGCCGCCGGUGUAGGAUAUUGUGAGACACCCAAGCAAGAGAGCGAGAGCUCGGGAGCGUCUGAGGUUGCUAAAACUUGAGGCUCUAUUUAUCAUCUAGAUUCCAUCUACUUUUAUUUACAAUGUCUACAUCUGGGUCUUUGGAUCGAUUGGAACUAUGUGAAAGCCUUCUGACAUGGGUUCAAACAUUCGGUGUUGAGGCUCAAUGCAAGACUGUAGAGGACAUGACGAGUGGUGUCGUCAUGGCUCAGGUGCUACAGAAAAUAGACGAAGUGUAUUUCAAUGAUUCAUGGAUUAGUCGAAUCAAGCCAGAUGUGGGGGACAACUGGAGGUUAAAGGUCAGCAAUCUAAAGAAAAUUCUCAAAGGUGUCCUAGAUUAUAACCAGGAGAUUCUCGGCCAACAUAUAAACGACUUUACGCUACCUGACAUCAGUCUCAUCGGAGAACACUCUGACCCUGCAGAACUUGGGAGGAUGCUUCAACUCAUUUUAGGCUGCGCUGUCAACUGUGAACAGAAGCAAGAAUAUAUACAAACCAUUAUGAUGAUGGAGGAAUCAGUCCAGCAUGUCGUCAUGACAGCCAUCCAAGAGCUGAUGAGUAAAGAGACUCCAGUGACAGGAGGGAAUGACUCCUAUGUGGAUCUAGACAGACAGUUGAAAAAGUCUGUUGAGGAGCUGAAUGAAGCUUUGGCUACAAAGGAGGAGAUCUCCCAGAGGUGUCGUGAGCUUGAUAUGCAGGCCCUCCAUGUCCAAGAGGAGCGCGAUAGACUGAGGUUAGAGUUUAAUGAGCUAGAAGAGAGGGUCGCAGCCUUGCAGGAGGAAAAGAGCAGUUUGCUAGCAGAAAACCAGGUUUUAAUGGAGAGACUCAACCAGUCGGACUCCAUUGAGGAUAUAAACAGCCCGGCUGGCCGCAGACACCUCCAGCUACAGACACAACUGGAGCAGCUCCAGGAAGAAACAUUCAGGUUGGAAGCAUCAAAAGACGACUACCGGAUCCGUUGUGAGGAGCUUGAAAAAGAACUCUUGGAUGUAAGGUCACAGAAUGAAGAGCUCACAUCUCUGGCUGAUGAAGCCCAGUCGCUCAAGGAUGAGAUGGAUGUGCUCAGGCAUUCAUCAGACAAGGUGUCAAAGCUAGAGGGCACAGUAGAACACUACAAGAAGAAACUUGAGGACAUGGGACUUCUCAGGAGACAGAGUAAACUUUUGGAAGAAAAGAACACAGUUUUAAUGGAGACCAACAUCAGUUUAGAAGAAGAGCUUCGAAAGGCUAAUGCUACCAAGGGCCAGCUAGAGACAUACAAGAGACAGGUGGUCGAGCUUCAGAACAGACUGUCGGAAGAAUCAAAAAAGGCAGACAAGAUGGAGUUUGAGUACAAACGCGUCAAAGAGAAAGUAGACUCUCUACAGAAAGAAAAAGAUCGUAUGCGAACGGAGAGAGACUCUUUGAAGGAGACUAUUGAGGAGCUACAUUGUGUCCAAGCUCAAGAGGGACAGCUUACAUCAGGUCUUCUCCCACUAACAAGCGCUGAUGGCUCUGAUUCGUUGGCGGCUGAGAUCACGACGCCAGAGAUUCGGGAGCAUUUAAUUCGCCUUCAGCAUGAGAACAAAAUGCUGAAGCUGGCUCAAGAGGGUUCGGAUAACGAGAAAAUUGCACUGCUACAGAGUCUGCUGGAAGACUCCAAUAGAAGGAAAAGUGAACUGGAGACGGAAAACAGGUUAACCAACCAGCGCUUGAUGGAGGAACAGAGUCAGAUAGAAGAGCUACAGAAAAAUCUGCAAGAACAAGGCUCUAAAGCAGAUGAUUCCUCCAUUAUGAAGAAGAAAUACAGGGAGCACAUGGAUAAAUUACAAAAGGUGAACAAUGAGUUACUCAAGAAAAAUGCCUUCAUUGAUGAGAUGGAGCCCAAAUAUGCUGCCAGCUCUCAACGAGUGGAUGAACUGGAGGAGGCUUUGAAAAAGAAGGAUGACGAGAUGAAACAGAUGGAGGAGCGAUAUAAGAAAUACCUCGAGAAAGCCAAGAGCGUGAUUCGUACCCUGGAUCCUAAGCAGAACCAAGGCUCGGGUCCGGAAGUUCAGGCGUUGAAGAACCAGCUGCAGGAGAAAGAACGGAUGUUGCACUCGUUGGAGAAAGAGAUGGAUAAGACAAAGAGCCAGCGGGACUACGAGGAGAAACUGAUUGUCUCGGCCUGGUACAAUAUGGGAAUGACUUUCCAGAAGAAAGCGGCUGAAGACAGAUUGGCCAAUACUGGCUCCAGUCAGUCUUUCCUGGCCCGCCAGAGGCAAGCCACCAGUUCCCGCCGCUCCUACCCAGGCCACGUCCAGCCAGCUACCGCAAGAUCCGUGAGGUAGAGAUGCCAGGCCAGACUGCCACAAACUUUCACCAUUUUUAUUCCCCGCUAAACCUUUAUUUUCCCCUGACUCAAGCGAUGGCAGACCACACACAGCCCAGCAUAAUUCUAUCAUCAGUCAUUAUUAAUCACCUCGAACACAUUGUUCACCACUUAACCUCAACUUCUACAUGCAGUACUCGUACACAAUUCUACCUACUGGAUAGUAAUCUUAAAGGUUCUUUCAUUUUCUGCUACCACCAACUGACAUUGUCUGAGCUUCUCAGUUGUAUUCAUAUAUUAGUUGAUAUGAUCAAUUUAUUAGUACAACACCCAGAAGGGAACCACAUUAUCUCCUAUUUUGUCAACAAUGUAAUACCACAAUGUGCUCAUUAGCAAAAUAUAUUGUCUGCAUCUUGUGGAAGUGGAAAUUGAAGAAAAGAUGUAGUUGAGCACCCCCUUCAUUUUUCGUUUUUUGUCAAGACUUUCAUCCAGAAGAACAUUUGUAAAGUUCGUGGUUCACAAUCUUCUUUUUGAAGCAUUUUUUUCUCAGACUUUAAAAAAAUAAUGCUGAUAAUUUGUCAUCUGUGGAACCCCAGAUGUGACAUGGGGGGGAUUUCUUUUUUUAUUGGGGCCACGACAGAGGUAUAAUUUGUGCACAAAAUAUAAAUUAAUAUUAAUAUCAUUCCUGGGCAAAUUGAUCGUACCUUCCCUAGAAACUGUAAGGUUAGACAGAGGACUACAUGUGUUGGUUUAUUGCUUAAAGGUGUGCUCCAUUUCCUUACCCUGACGUUCAAGUUAUUCUUGGAUGAUAUUAAACCCACAAAUGAGUUAAAACCGACAGGUUCAUGACCCUGGUCCUGCAUGCUGCUUCUCCUGUCCUUGUCCUAUUCUUGUCCUUUUUUUAAUGCACAUAUUAUACCUAUUUCUUGGCCACAAUUGAGUAUAUUGUGUCCACAAGUUAUCAUUUUAUGCGCAGUUUUAUGUCUAUACUGUCGUCACAAUUUAAAAUGUUUGUCCCACAUCACGUCUGGGGCUUCAUAGUCACCCGCUUAAAUCAGGGCCAGAAUUUGCUGCUAACAUUCCCUGCGAUCUGACCCUUAUCUCCUGUUCUCCUCCCCUUAACAGCAAUAUCCCAGCAUGAUCGGCACAACAGUGACCCGGCCUGAUACGGCUCGGCCCGUCUGUGCUGGCGAAACCCGAGGCGCACGAUGCAUGAAAUACCCGCCUGCUGAAUCUUUGCAUGACUUUGCAUUGACUGUGAGUUAACCCAGCAUACAGCAAAAGCAGCAUGAGCACUAACUGCCCUCUGCAGCAUUGCAAUCUUCAGACGCGCCGGUAGGGGGAGCCGUGGGGAAAGAAACCCAUUAAUUUCGUCCCUCUACACUACUAUAUUCAUUCAUCUCGUUUUCCUCUUCCCUAACUCCCAUCACUGUUCCUUCCUUGCUCCUCACGGACACACCUGCUCCUGUUUUCAACCUGCAUCAGGUCUGUUACAACUCUGCCUGUUACGAAGGCCUCGGCCAAGGCCAGAACAGCACAGUGACAUCUGUCCUGAAUACCUCAACAGCAUUUUCCCACAUGUUCAGUAGUGAAUUGAUAUCAAUAUUUAAUAGGAAAACAAUUAGUAGAAAAAAAGAAAAAAGAAAAAUCACCCUUGAAAUUGAAAGUCACCCAAUCCCCUUUUGGACACUUUGUCAUUGUGUUUUAAAAAAAAAAACCCAAAAAACAUCCAUGCAAGCCGUAACCUCUCCUUAACAUGUGGCUUGAGGGCGUGCUACCUGGGCUUUUACCUCAAGUUCUUUGAUAGGCAUAAGAUGGGAAGAUGUUUGUAUGUAACAUCAAAAUCACAAGUCAAUUCAAGUCAAGUAUUUUUCUAAGCUACAUUAUGUCUGAUCAGUAUGUAUUUUGUGAUGUAAUUGUGUUUAUUUGAUACAUAUGUAUUUGGUGUACUUGGACAUAAAGCAGGUAUCCCUUGCGUGUUUCAGUAUAAGUCCAAGGAAGUAAGAACCAGUAUUGAGCCAAAAGUAAGUAUUCGCACACGUGAAGCAUCUGUAAAAAAUGGUUAAAACUACAUUAAUUUAUGCAGGCUAAUGUAGUCCUUUUUUUUUUAUUACGAGAGAUUAAGCAGAUGAUUCCCCCCCCAUUUUAUUUUCUGCAACUUAUUACAAUUAUUAUGAAAGCUAUUAUCAUAGGUCAACUUUAUCAUAUUGUAUAUUUUGUGUAGCUUUUUAAUGCAUAUUUAUAUUUUAUUUGCAGGGCUUUAUAUAUCAACACAUGAAAAUGGUGGUGACAUGCAUGCUACAGGCAUAAAUGCAUACUUUGAUUGACAUGCGAAAGAUGGUUAAAUCCUCCAGUUUAGUGCCUUUGUUACUGGUGCGAUGAUUUUUAAGGCAAGCUGAACUUAAACAUCAGUUUCAUUGUCAUUUUGAAAAGGAAAGUAAUAGGAAAUGAGCAUCAACCACCUCCACAUUCAUAGUUGAAAACAAAAAUUUAUGAGAGCUUGUCUUUUUUUUAUAUAUAUUUUACUCAAUAUGUAAUGGUUUAUCUUAUGCAGUCCCUUUUUUACUCUUACAAGGUUAUUUAUUUUGUGUCUUGUGCGCAAGUUUAAGUAUUGUUACCACUUUAACAGUUCCAUAUGACAUUAAAAUAUUUUUAAAUAAUUGUCCGACACAAAAAGAGCUGGUGGUGUCCUGCAUUGCUUGUCUUCAAUCUAAUGAAAUGACACAAAGCUUAACAGUCUGAUUAGUCAACAGAUUGUUUGUUACUUUGAAUUUCUUUACAGGGAAAUGACAGUUUCUGGUCUUAAAAGGAUUGGUGAAUCUUGUAACAAGAAAAGGACAUUUUAAAACUGUAAUUACUUUGUAUUGGAUUUAUUCUGAUCCUUCAAAUGAAAAUAUUUUAUACUUGGGAAUUUAAUAAAAUUGCCUUUCAAGUCAUUUGCAGUCAUAUUAAGUGGAUUAAAAAAAAAAAAAAGCAGUGGAACCUCCAAACAGUCUAUUCCGUUAACUUCCAAGUUGUUCUAAAUUACCCCAAAUUAUCCAAUAUCAUGUUUUUUGUUUUUUUUUUGUUUUUUAUAUAGUAACAUUAACAUUCUGAACUGCCAUAGAGGUAUAAAGAAAAUGUUACCUGUGUAAAACUGAAACAAAGUCAAACCACUUACCUUUUCACUGACAUAUAAUGAACGGUGACUUCCUGUUCAUUAUACUGCCUUGUGCUGUUUUAUAGGUAUUGCUGAAAUAAGUUUCUGUAUAAUUAAUUUUUGUGUUUGGGCAGCCAAACCAUUUUUAGGUCACUAUAAGGUCCAUGGCAAUCGCCGCGCUUUUCUUGUUACCAACUGUUACGCUUACGUGGUUGGUAUAGCAUUUUUCCCAAAAAGUUUGGUUGACCUAAGCACAUCAACGGAGAUGAGUGUUGAAUUAACAGAGCUAAAGAAAAAUAAAUCUGCUUGAUUGUUUUUACUCCAUCUGUUAAUUGUAUUCUUGUUUGUAAGCAACUUUUGUACUGAGGGAGGAAGUUAGUUGACGCAACUUGAUUCGAUCAACUUAUUUGCAAACUAAGCUCUAGUUGGGGCAGUCUUUUGUGCGUCGUCAUUCAAAUUGUCUCAAUGUAGGAGUUGAGGUAAUGUAUUGGCGGAAAAAAACAAAUUGUGUGCAUUGGUGAGAUGUCAAGCUAAUUGAGCACCUGAUGUUCCUUUUCGUGUUUCAAAGAAACAAUGUUACACUGUGAGACUGUACAACACAUUGGAGUGUUUUUACUUAGUUUUUCGGGUAUUUUUUAACUGAUUGGAACUAUGAAGUUGAAACUAACUUUCCAUAUGCCAAGUUUUCUAUUGCUUGUAUACAAACCCACUGUGUACAAAAUCAAGUCUUGCAACUGCAGUAAGAGGAGGCCUUGAACGCUUUGAGGGAGAGGGAAUAAAAGUAGUUAGAUGGAUAGCAUCUAUCUGAUAAUGUGCUUCCACUGUAUAAAUUGGAUAUGAUAUUGUAAAUAAAGGCUUGUAUUAAAA